AUGAAGCUCUCGGCAAUCUCUCUUGGCCUUUUGGCCCUCCUGACGCCGCUGACAGCAGCCUGGACGAAAGAGGACCACGAGAUCUUCCGCGUCCGCGACGAACUGAUUGCCCACGAGGGACCCGAUGUCACCUUCUACGAGUUCCUAGGCAUCAGCCGGUCGGCGAACCAUGAAGACAUCAACAAGGCGUACAAGAAGAAGGCCCGGCUGCUCCAUCCGGACAAGGUCAGGCAGCAGCUGAUGGCCGAGCGCACCAAAGCCCAGAAAGAGCAGAACAAGAAGAACAAGGGCAAGCCGGCGGGCGCCGUGAAGAAGCCCACGUCGGCCGAGCUCAAGACGGCCGUUAAGCGCGCCUCAGAGCGCCAGGCCCGCCUGUCCAUCGUCGCCGACGUCCUGCGCGGACCGGGCCGUGACCGCUACGACCACUUCCUCUCUAACGGCUUCCCCACGUGGAAGGGCACCGAGUACUACUACGACCGCUACCGCCCGGGCCUGGGCACCGCCAUGUUCGGCGUUUUCCUGUUCGCCGGCGGCGCCGCCCACUACCUGGCCCUCUACAUGAGCUGGAAGCGCCAGCGCGAGUUCGUCGAGCGGUACAUCAAGUUCGCGCGCCACGCCGCGUGGGGCGACAACCUCGGCAUCAACGUCCCCGGCAUCGACGCCCAGCCCGCGGCCGCUCCUGCCGCGCCUCCGCCGCAGCAGCAGAUGUACGAGGACGAACAGGGACGCGCCAUGCCCAUGAACCGCAAAAUGCGCCGCAUGCAGGAACGCGACGCCAAGAAAGAUGACAAGAGUGCCGGGCGCAAGACACGCCGCGGCCGCCCGUCGCCUGCCGCGUCAGGAUCGGCCACGCCCCUGCCGGAGCCCCAGGGCAGCGGACCCACCGGCUCAAAGAAGCGCGUUGUUGCCGAGAACGGCAAGAUCCUCGUUGUUGACUCGCUCGGUGACGUCUACCUGGAGCAGGAGGAUGAGGACGGCAAGGUGGCCGAGUUCCUACUUGAUCCCAACGAGCUUGCCCGCCCCACCUUCAAGGACACCGCCGUCGUGCGGCUCCCUUUCUGGGCCUUCCAGCUGACACUGGGACGGUUCAUCUCGAAGCGCGCCGACGAGAAAGAAUACGACGACGAGCUUGAGGCUGAAGAGCUGGACCACGACGACGAGGACUCUGAGCCCGGAAAAGCCACCCCUAGCAGCGGCUCCGGCGAGGACUAUGAGCUGAUCGAGAAGUCGGUGGACGAGCUUGGCCAGGCCAAGACCAGCGGCACCCAGAAGCAGGGAGGCAAAGCCAGCAAGCGAAAGACCAAAAAGAGGUGA